AUGGGCUGGAAGAAGGGCAACAAAAUAUGCAAUAUUACGAAGCAGCGACAGUUUGUGAAAAAAUGGCAGAUCAUGCGUAUUGGGAUUUCUAUAUACGACCCUGUAGAACAAUCAUGUCAAUUGCUCCCUCAAAUUCCCAGUGGAUUUGAAAUCUUGGGUUUUUCCCAGAUUAUGUGUGUAAAUCAUAAGCUUGUUUUGCUGGGCUUGAAACAUUAUGGUACUUCUACUAAAAAGAUUCUGAUAUAUGAUUUCGUAUCUAAUACAUGGAAGCAGGGUUCUGAUUUUCACACCGCCAGAUUCAUGUUUGCAUGUCGUGCCUCACCUGAAGGAUCAAUUUACAUUGUAGGAGGACUUGAGAAACAUGAUCCCUCUUGUCUACUCCGUGAAGCAACAGUUUAUAAUGUUGAGAAAGACAAGUGGGAGCUUCUUCCAUAG